UACAUUAAACAGGACGUUAUUUGGACCGCGAGAGGAUCGUCGUAAUAAUAAUAUCAUUACUAUCGAGCGUUCGCUGCGCACGUAUAUAUUAUAACGCACGAGAGCACGCAGUAGGUAGAGUGUUAGGCGUGUAUGUUUGCUCGGUUUUGAUAUUUUCUUUACUUUUCUUUUCCCGCAGACGCCGAUGUUCGGAAUGCGCCAAGUCCACGCGAAUCCGCAACCGUACACGACGACGUAUAGACAAUAAUAAUAAUAAUAAUAAUAAUAAUAAUAAAGCGCGUAGGUACGCCGAACACGCGUCGUGUGCGUUAAAACAAUCGGUCUAUCGUCGCAAUCACGGUUUGCUGUUAUCGAACCACCGUCAUCUGUAACACGGUGAAUUAUUACGAUAUAUAAAUAUUAUUUUAAUAUUUAUAUUUCAUAGCGUAUAAUGUAAUAUAGUUAUGCACCUGCUGUUGGUGGUGAUACGGUCGUAAUAAACGAUUUUUCUGCGUACACGUUACAAUCAUUAUAAAUUAAUAUUAACCGUAAAAUAUCGAAGUAAACCGACCGUUAAUAAUAUCAUUGUUGUCCCGAUCGUGUUUUUUACAUUCAGCCGCCGAGAGUGAUGAUAUGAUAUAUUGUACGCGCUCACGUGUAAAUGGACAAGAGGUGAGCAACAAGUACACAAUGUAUCGGACGAUUUUAAGUUGAAAUUGUUGUUGGUCGUUUUCAACUAGCUGCUAUAGUGUUCGAUUAGUCGACGACGAUACUAAUAACAUGAUCGAUAACGUCGAAUUGAAAACUAUGACGCGUGAAGAACCUACCGAGGAAAAGUGUGAGCAACCUUUACCACCGGGAGAAAAUCACGAAGCAUGGCAAAACAUGAGCGUCUUGUCGAAAUUCAAGUUCAUUUUUGAUCACUGUACAAUCGAGCCCAUGUUCGGGUGUUAUAUCAUGACCAGCGUUCUGACGGGGCUGUGCACGCAGAACUUGAAUCUGCAGAAGGCGUGCCGAGUGAAUCUGAAACUGGAGAACAGUACAUGUUCGGCGUUAGAUAAUCGGAACUCGGACGAUUACGCUAAAGAGGAAGUCAUGGUCCAAGAGCUGGUGGCCGACAUGAUCAUAUGGAAAACAAUCGUACAGAGUAGUAUACCGAUGGUGUUGAUAAUAUUCAUAGGGUCGUGGAGUGACCGGAACCAUAAGCGGAAGCCGUGUAUGUUGAUACCCAUUGUGGGCGAGUUACUGACCAGUAUAGGGCUACUUUUCUGUACUUAUUAUUUUUACGAGUUCCCUGUGGAAGUAGUCGGAUUGGUGGAGUCUCUGCCUCCGGCUAUGACCGGUGGAUGGAUGACAAUGGUUAUGGCUAUAUUCAGCUAUAUAGGCGAUGUAUCAUCGGUAAAAUACCGUACACUAAGAAUUGGAAUAGCGAAUGUUUUCUACUCCGUAGCCGUUCCUAUCGGUACCGCGUUGUCUGGUGUAUUGUUCCGAGCACUCGGAUUUUACGGUGUAUACAUCAUAGCUAUAGUGAUGUACAUAUUUACGAUUACAUAUGGCGUGAUAUUUAUAAAAGAAACAAAACCAGAGACAAGUUUCGAAAGCAAAGAACCACCAAAGUCUACAUCCUGUUUUUAUUUGAUCGAAGAUUUUUUUAGUUUGAGUAACAUCAAGGAGGCUAUUCGAGUUACGUUUAAAGAAGGACAACACAACAGAAGGUUAAGAAUUAUUUCUUUGUUAGUUGUCGUCAUCGUCGUAAUGGGUCCUUUAUAUGGGGAAAUGUCAAUGAUGUACAUGUUUACACGAUUAAAAUUCAAUUGGAACGAAAUUGACUUCAGUUUGUUUUCCACAUAUGCUAUGGUUACCAAUCUUAUAGGUACGAUGUUCUCAGUCGGUGUAUUCAGUCAUAAAUUAGGAAUCGAUGAUGCCUUAAUUGGAGUAAUGUCAUGUAUGAGCAAAAUAUUAGCAGGAUUUGUGUAUGCGUUUGCUCCUACUGCUUUAAUAUUUUACUUAGCACCACUUGUGGAAAUUAUAAAUGGUACAUCAUUUAUUGCUAUGAGAUCAAUUAUUUCCAAGCUAGUACCGUCAGAUGAAUUAGGUAAGGUAAAUUCAAUUUUUGGAGUUUGUGAAGCCAUAGUACCACUGAUUUACGGACCAAUGUACAGCUCUGUGUAUAAGCAUACAUUAAAAACAUUUCCUGGAGCGUUUUUUUUACUCGGAGGAUUGUUAACGGCUCCAGCAGCGGUUAUAUUUCUAUGGAUGUACAAUGAACAUCUAAAGGAACAGAAAGUAAAAGAGUCAACGAUCAGCAGUGGAUUAAACAAUUCUGAAGAAAUACAGAAAGAAAAUAGCUUGGACGUCAGGUUAUCCUUACAAAAUUAAAUUGACCUCACUAAACAUAUAAAUACAGCCGCUUAGAAUUUCAGGGCUUUUUUGAAGUUCCAUUGGACAAUAAAGUAUUUUAAAUGGGACGUGAAUUGAGUGGUGCAAAUAAAUGAAUUGGCCAAUAACAUUCA